AUGAACCAGCCAUCGACGCUCGGAAUCGCCGACGCUCGACCGAAAACCAACGUUCGGUUGACUAUUUCGGCAAAGUUUGUCUUUAUUUUUGAAAAUCUGCAAAAUACUGAACAUAAUUUCAGCAAUCUAAUGGACAUGGACGUCUUCUCGAAAUCCGAUCCAUUCUGCCUCGUAUACGAGCGAAUCCGAGGCCGCAAAGCGACGACGAACACGGAAAUCACGGUGCCGACGUGGCAGGACGAUGAUUGGGUCGAACGGGGCCGGACCGAAGUGGUGAUGAACAAUCUCAAUCCGCAGUUUCAAAAAACCUUCCUGCUGCCCUACUUUUUCGAGGAAACCCAAUUGUUGCGGUUUGAAAUGUGAGCAAAGGACGUUAGACUUUGGGACCAAUUUUGCACUGUUAUCAGUCUUGGUUUGAAGUGUUUACCUUGAAAGUUUCAGCAAAUGCAGAAAAUCGCUCCGCUUUCUUAAAAAGAACGAUGUUUUUUUGCAGUUACGACGCCGACAGUGUGAAUGUCGGAACCAAAAUGUCGCAGCACGACUUCCUCGGCCGAUACGAAUGCGUUCUCGCCCAAAUUGUCAGCUAUUCGACGCUAAAAGCGCACCUCGGGAAAAAGGGACAAAUCGGUGCAAUGUGGAGGAAUAAGUGAGCGUUUUAGCGAGAAAAAACCCAGUAAUUUUGUGUGUGUUUUAGGGACAAAAACACAAAAACCGGCACGAUUACGAUUCGCGCCGAAGAGGACGAAAAGAACGAGCUGGUGCAGUUCGACGUGCGCGGAGAGGGUCUUGACAAGAAAGAUUUCUUCGGAAAAUCCGACCCCUAUCUGAAUUUUAAACGGAAAUUCGAUGAUGGAAGGUGAACACUGCAAUUUUCUGCUUCAACUUGUGCUCUUAGCAGUUGAAAACAUUUGCUAUCACUGAUAAAAUCAAAUUACCACUUUUUUCUAGACCAACAGCAGAUUUUUCAUUAAAUGUCCCUGUAAAAGAUGAAUAAAUUGCAGUAACCACUUGGUGCAUCGUACGGAAGUCAAGCCGAAAACCCUGGACCCCCGAUGGAAUACGAUCGCUAUAAAUACACAAUCUCUGUGUGGAAAAGAUGGGGAUCGGUAAGAUUUUACCGAUUUUUUCUUAAUUUACAUUCAUUUUUUCAGACCUAUCAUAAUCGAGUGCUACGAUCAUGACAAGUGGAAAAAGUGAGUGAAAAAUUUGAUUUUUCAGCUUUUAGAGCUUGCUUUUUCCGGAAAACGUAGCUAGCUGUAUUGUGAACGUCGUGGUGGUGGUGAAUUUGCUAUAUUAUUACCCCUUCCACCUUUCUACUAUCUUGCGUUCAUUUUCACGCCCACCAUAUCGUUUAGGGGUGAAGAGCCGCGCGGUGAAGCCAAAUUUUCUAGAGACGAUCUUAUCGGGACCGCUCAAACGACGCUCAACGAGAUGUUGACGGCCGCCAACGGAGAGACACUCGAGAUCAAUGUGAGCAAUGUUGCUUUUUUGAAAAAUUUAAAAUUUAACUAGGAUCACUCAUUCAGAAAACUAGUAAUGAACCGAUUUGUCACGUAAAAAACCGGUUAAAAACGAAAAAGUCUGUUUCUUAUUCUUUAGAAGGGUCAGAAUCAACUGUUUUAGCUGGAUUUCAAAUUACAACAAUAUUCUCGCUAGAUUUGCACGUUUACAACCCAUCGACUUACAGCUGAUCAACGAGAAAAAGAAGGCGAAAAAAGGGGACAAGUACAAAACGUCGGGAACAAUCAAGAUUUGCAACUCGCGAAUAAUCGUCGAGCCAACAUUCCUCGACUUCAUCUCGGGCGGCACCCAAUUGGACUUCUCGGUGGCCAUCGAUUUUACGGCGUCGAACGGAAACGUCAAAAACGCGAAUUCCCUUCACUUCAUGUCGGCCGAUCGACCGAAUCAGUACGAGAUUGCACUGAGGUUCGUUGCAAGUGUGUUUUACAAUAUUUCUCAGCGACCCACGAUUCCAGAGCGGUCCUGAGCAUCUGUCAGCACUACAACUCGUCGAAAACGUUCGACGCGUACGGAUUCGGCGCCAAACUGCCCGGCGAGCAGAGAGUUUCGCCGAUUUUCCCGCUCGACGUCCUUAACAGCACGUCUUCGGUCGUCGGCAUUCAGGGAGUGAUGAACGCGUACCGACACGCACUCUCCAACGUGCAAUUGUACGGGCCCACCAACUUUUCGCCGAUCAUCGAACACGUCGCCUACAGAGCGCAGGGAAUGAUGAGCACCACGCAGAGAUAUCAGGUGAGGUGAAAUUUGUGAAAAACUGACGGUCUCUGUUUUGCAGAUUCUACUCAUCAUCACCGACGGAAUCAUUUCGGAUAUGCACGCAACGAUUCGAUCGAUCAUCAAUGUGAGGCAAACUUUUUCGGAAAAUCAGACACAAUUUGAUGUUUUUCUGUUCAAAAAUCGAUACGUUUAGGCCUCCGGACUGCCUCUCUCGAUCAUCAUCAUCGGUGUGGGAAAUGAGGAUUUCGAGAAGAUGCACGAGCUGGACAGCGACGAUGCCCUUCUCCAGCAGGACGCCCGCAUCGCCCAGCGAGACAUUGUGCAGUUUGUGACGAUGCGCGACUUCCUCAACAACGGAAAAGGCCUCUACCUGGACCCGGAGCUGGUGAUGGAGAAUCUGGCGAGAGAGGUGCUGUACGAGGUGCCCGCACAACUGACCGGCUACAUGAAACAACGCGGCUUCCAACCGCGGACCGCCCAAGAUCCGUGGAAUCGAGACUCGCCGCCGCGCGACUACGAUCCAGCCAUGGACAAUACUUUUGGGCAGAAGAGGACGGCAAUUGUGACAGGUAUUUCCAGCUCAGCUUUUGAAAAAGCUGUCAAAUGCAAAUUUCCAGCACCGCCAGCACCAGGUGCUGAGUUCCAGCGGCCACCGUAUCCAGUACAACCGGAACUUCCACAGGCAUCCGCACCGCCCAUGUAUUAA